GAUACACUAGAGCAGAAUAUGGCGUCUAAGCGAUUGUGGUGUUCUGUUCUUGGGUGUAAUAACGAACACAUCAGUCAUUUUGAUGUUCCUAAAUCCGAACCGCUGAAGACGCAAUGGCUAAGUUUUGUUUUCAAAGGGAAUAUUCCCUCUCGUCAACGUCAAUACUAUCAUGUUUGCGCGAAUCAUUUCUCACCAGACUGCUUUAUAAACGAGGGUCAGUAUAAAGCUGGUUUUGCUAAGAAGCUGCUCCUGAAAAAACAAUCGGUACCAACAAUUCGUGUUCCUGCUGCACCUCCAGAGAAAGCAAGCAUAUCUAAAGAAUUGGACAUGGUGCAACAUGUGGCCAGCCAAAAGAAAAUGUGCACAGUUGGCACCCAGCUCUCAAUGGAAACUUUAUGUCGGCAAUACAAAAGCACAGGCACACAGACAACUAUGUUAUACCCAGAUACUGGUGUUGGCCAGUCAAUACCACUGCUAUCAUCAUCAUCAUCAUCAUUAUUAACAACACCACCACUAAAGAGGCCAAAUAAGAGAUCUCGCUUGGAGCUAGAGGAGGAAGAGGAGGACCCUUCGGGAACCAGCUCAAGCAUGAAUGUGGAAGAGCCUUUGGAUUCCACAUAUGAUCCAGAUGACUCCGUCACAAACUUGAGUGAGCCAACAGAUGUCAUAUUUGAGUCUUCAAAGCCGGUCCACAAGACAGCGACUUACAUUGUUUAUGAAAACUGCCUGCUGCAGCUUUUUGAGCAGUGCCCUGUGUGUCAAAGUAUUACCAAUGUACAGAGAAAAGUAUUUGGCACAUUCCUCUCCGUGGAACAACGCUGCCCAAAUUGUGACUUCUUCAGAAAAUGGAAUAGUCAGCCAAUUAUACAAAGCACUCCUGCAGGGAACCUUCAGCUUUCCAUUGCAGUGUAUGCCAAUGGUGCCUCUUUCUUCAAAGUUAAAAAGAUAUUCCAGGCAAUGAAACUGAAAAUGAUCCACUACACCACCUUUCGAAUUCAUGCCCGAAGGUACAUACAGCCUGCAAUUGUACAUAGCUGGAAGACAGCACAGGAUGGCAUGUUGCAGAAGCUCAGACAGCAGCAGAACAUUGUCCUGGGUGGAGACAUGAGGGCAGAUUCGCCAGGUCAUUCAGCCAAGUUUGGAAGUUACUCACUUAUGGACCUAAGGACCAGCACUAUAAUUGAUCUGCAACUAGUUCAGAAUAAUGAAGUUGGAGGGAGCAACAACAUGGAGAAAGAGGGUCUGAGGAGGAGCCUUGAUCUCUUGAGGUCACACGGUGUGACUUUUGACAGCAUUGUUACAAACCGGCAACCUCAAAUACGAAAACACCUGCGGGAGGCCAACAUCAAACAGUAUUACAAUGUGUGGCACAUUGAAAAAGGCGUAUCAAAGAAACUGCGGAAGAUUGCUCAGAACAAAGACAGUGAAAAACUGCAGAAGUGGUAUCGUAGUAUAAAAAACCACAUAUAUUGGACAGCGGCUUCUUCUUCAUCAGGGACAGAGCGAGUGGCAAAGUGGACAUCAAUUCUUAAUCAUAUCCAAGACGUGCACACACAUGAUGAUCCCGUUUUCCCUCAGUGUUUGCAUCCGCAAAGCACUACAACGGACAAGAGCAAGUGGAUGAGAGCAGGUACAACUGCCUUCUCUCGAUUAGAGAAGAUCCUUAGAAACAAGAGGAUUCUGAAGGAUGUUGAAAAACUGAGCCCUCACCAUCAGACCUCAUCACUGGAGCCGUUCCACGGCGUAAUUUUGCGCUUUGUGCCAAAGAAUGUUGUCUUUUCUUUCCUGGGAAUGUUAUGCAGACUCUACUUGGCUGGCCUACAUUUUAAUGAGAAUGCUGGGCGUCCCCAAGCCACGACAGCAGCUGGAGAGCCACUAUUUAAGGUGGUCUUCCCAAAACACAAAAAAGGACAAUAUUCUGCAAAGCCAGUAAAAAUUGAACCAACCUUCCAGUACGUGGACAACCUGUUGGAACUUAUCUUUGAGAACGUUGUUGUGGACCGAACUCCUUAUAUGGACGAUAUCCUGAAGAUUUCCGUACCUGAGGAUCUUACGUCCCAGUUUGACAAACCAGACAAACAGGAAGUGAUAGACAGCUAUGUGUCUAGGUUUAAUCAAGGGCAAGUCUGAACCCUACAUAUUGUCCAUUACAUACUACAUAUUGUGAAUUUUGCCCUUAUUUGUCGCACCACACAAGAGGGGCAGCACAACCCUGAUUCUCCAGCCCAGAAUGCCCCAACACCAGCUGACGAAACUUCUGUAUGUUAAAAACCUGUAACGGCUGAGAAAAUUAAACUAAACCAUUUUUUGUGUUAAUACAGUAAAACUGUAUUUCUGUCUGUAAAUGUUAGUCCAGACAGUUUUGUGUCUAUUCCCAUUACCCAUAGUGAACUUUUUGCUUUGCACUGCAUUUGCUUGUUAUAAUAGGAAAUUAUGACUGAAAUGGGAAAUGAAUCAAAAAACAAUUUACCCUUCUAUUCCCCUUAAGCCUAACAGACUGAUCUCAUGAAAUGGCGUAUGUAUGACAUGCCAAUUCGUAUUUCCAUUUUUUCUAUCAACGCAAAUAAUCUCUUUUCAGUGUGUUUUAUGGACGCAGUUG